GCUCACCGGUUAAAGCGUGAACAGCCAAAAUAUUGCAAUUUUUAAGCAUUUUCACGCAUUAUUUGAGGAUAAAAUUGGUUUAAAAGUGAAGAAUUAACACAAAACCAUGGAAUUCAAUCAACAACGAUUCUCCCGACUGAGCGGAGUAGGCGUUAAAAGUUCCAGCAGUCCAUUGUUUUCAUCGCGAUCUGUUUCAGCAAUCAGCAUGUCAGGUCGUUCAACUACCUCCGCAGCGCUCCAAAUUCAAGCACAAGACUAUUGCGUCAACACAUACGGACUCCCGUAUCCCGUGCAAAUCAACGAAGCUCUGACUUUCGGCAAAAACUCGAGUGUUUCCAUCAAUUGUUCGAGCAAUGGAUUCGCAUGGGCAGUUUGUGGCAGGAAACUCUUCAUCUGGCAAUACAAGGAGCCCCGAAACAUCGUUACGCCACAACGCAGAACGAUAGCCGGUCAGUGUCGCGUUCUCACAUUGCCUCAUUGUGACAUUGGCAACAAAGCAGAUUUGGUUACAGUUUUCGUAUCGGAAGGACAUCAAUCUGCGUCGUGUUUAGCAUCAUCUCCAACGGGAGACAUUCGUUUUUGGCAGUCUAUCAAUCACGAUAAUGCUUCUGUCAACCAAAACGGGAUUCUGGAAGGGCAGGAAUUCGAUCAACUUAUUAAACUGGCACCAAAUCACUAUUUACUAUCGACUACAACGUGCCAACUUGUCGUUCUGCAAAUUGAUGGAAGACAACAGAUCAAAUAUCGCAUCGUUCGUUCACCGCAAGGCUUCCUCGCAGGGAUUGGAAGACGAUUUUCAUCAAUUGUUGGCUUUUCUGGCACCAAUGAUAAGGAAAAUAAAUUGAUCAAAAUCUGCUCAGAAAAAGUCAAUCAAUCGACAUUCCGGAUCACAGUUUUGGCAGAUCGCUUCUUACAAGAAUGGACAUUUACCGAAUCCAUGGAAACUUUUGGUUUUGAAGACCCGGAAAUCCUGCGGAAGGUGCGUGAGUUCUACAAUGUCAACGUUUGGAAGAACCGAGAUACGCACGAACUGAAAUUGUGGCUUCUUGACAUGAGAACUUUCAAAAAUUCGUUGAUAAUUCUGAGUGCAGCUGUAAAUCCAAGCGUAAGUCCCCAAAUUGAGUAUGGAUUGUUGAUUUUUGGACGUGAAGGAGAAACAGUGCGACUUUUGAAUGGAUACAAUCUCAAACACAAAGGUUUCUACAAAGACGAAAAAGAGGGAAUGGAUUUGAGAUUUAUCGUGAGUCACGGGAUGGCAUAUGUGUACGACGAAAAAUUCGUUUAUCCCGUCUUCAUAACUGGGCACGAUCUGGAUGAAGCCGAAUCAAUCGAGUUUAAAGGUGCAGAAGACAAAAUUUUAGCAGCAGUGUCGGUUCAGGACUUGGCAUUGUUCUUUUCACGCACUCAUGGCAUCAUUUCAGUAACACCUUCAGAUUUUGAUCCAAGUGAGCUUGGAAAUAACGUUUCCAUGUCGCAAGAUCACGAAACGACGUUCAACGAAUCGAUGUCAAUGUCUUCAUUUAGAGAACCGAACGCGAAUCAAACGAUGUCGAAUCUCUCAAUGUACGACUACAACCCGGAAGAGAUAAUGCAAAGUCACGACGAUGUUGUGCACAAGCUAAAAGCAGCCUUUUUGUACUAUGUCAAGCGAAAUACGAUCGAAAGCACGAAAAUUAUCGAAAAUCUCCUCGAUGAAAGUGAAAAUUUACAAAGUUUGGACUACGCAAUUGUCGCCAUUGCAAAAGAAAUCGCCACAGAUACGCCCGCACAAGAUCCUCGCUGGAAAAUGAUUCAACCGGAAGACACAUUUGCUCUUGGUAGAUCGACUUCUAUGCAGAUUUUGACACAAUUGAAGGAUAAAAGUGCCGCCUUUAAGCAUUUUGUGGAUUUUUUGCAUGCAACAAGCAUUUGGGAGAGACUUGCGACAAUUACCGAACAAGGAACGACCAAAUCUACCUUCCAAUUGUUGUCAGAUGUAAACGAGCAAAUCGAAGCCGCUAUUGGAUUGAAGAGUAUUCACGAUAAACACACAAAACUCAUAAAUGAAGCAAUCGAAAUCGUGUUGAAAGAGAAGAGAUCGACUCCAGUUCAUAAUUUAACGAACCAAGACUUGUUUUAUGUCAACGUUAGUCACAUGCGAAGUUUCCUACAUGCACUCGUCAAAAUUAUUCAAAAUCAGGUAUCAACUGAAGGAGCACUUCCACGUUUACAAUCCUUGUUAAUCGAUGUUGAUACAAUUGUUUUGACAAUUCUCUCUGCCAUCACGAAAUUCCGUGCUGUAAAUGCGGGUCGUUUUGAAGCUCCAACCGAUAAAAUUCAUCUUUUCGAGUAUUUACCGUGGACUAACAUCACAGGCAAGCAAGGAGCGUACGAUCCCUUGAUGGAAUUGAUCAAAUUUCAUAUAAAAGAAAGCUUUAAAUCUGUUGGUCCUGUCGAUAUUCGGAAGAAAAUGUAUUUACAACUGUCGGAAUUGGUCGAUUUUAUCCUGAAUAGCAAAGAAAGGUACUUGGCAAGCAUCAACGAUGGCGAAAAACGUAAAAUAUUGAAGCAAAAGUUUGAAGCGCUACGAACGGAAUUGAUAUCAGCCUUUGUUGAGAGUGAAAAUUAUGAUAUUGCAACAAAACUUGCGGAAAAAUAUUUGGAUUUUCAAGCUUUGGUGCAAGUUGCUGAUCGUACGAAUGAUGAAGCGCGUCUCGCGGAGUACAAUGAAAAGUUUAAAGAAUAUAACUUUGCACAAUACGCGAUUAAUUGGCAUUUACGACAAAACAAACAAGGAACAAUUUUCCAAAGAUUUAAGCACGAUCAGCCUGCAUUAACGCAAUUUCUUGGAGAUCAUCCGUCACUUGCUUGGAUUCAGCAUAUCAUGAAAAAUGAACAAGAUAAGGCAUCUCACAUCCUCUACGCCUUGGCACAAAAUGAAAAAGAGCUCGUUUCACGUAAAAAGACACUUUUGUCACUCGCAAAACUCAGCGCGAUCGCCACAGACUCCCAAUUAGCUGCCGAUAUUCAACAAAUUAACUCAGAAUUGGUUCUCAUCCAACAUCAGGAACAACUCCCUCCAGAAUUACUGUUGAACUUUGGAUACGAUGUGCAAAACCAAAAAGUUCUUACACCCGAAGAAAUUAUCAAUCUCUACAUCUCCGACGAAAACGUUGGCAGUGAAGAAGAUUUCCGAAAAGCACUUGAAUUGCUGCAAUACGUUGAAGAUCCCGUCGAAGUUCAAAGCAAAAUUUGGUGUGCUGCCAUUUUAAGAGAUGACUGGGAAGACUAUUCGCCGGAUGAGCCACUCGAGAAAAUCCAAAAUAUGACAUUCUUCAAGCUCAUUGACUUGUGUUACUUGUUAGAUGGCGAUUUGAAUCAGUUUUUGCCGCCAUUGCAGGUUUUCCUAAACGCUCCAGAGCUCGCCAGCAUUUCCGACAGCAAGAAAUUCCAAUAUUUGAUAAAACUCGGAUAUGAACAUGUCCUUGAGACGUAUCAAAGUACCCGAAUGGAAUGAAAAAUUCGUUAAGUUUUCUCCCAAAAAUAAAGUUAAAGAUGUUUUCUGUAUCUAAUG